GUUGGGAGCCUGUUUGACCACGCCUGCUACUACGUCCAUGAGAUUCUUCGCAGUGUAGGGAAGAAAAAUUUUGCUUUUUUACUAGUUGGGACUAGAUGACAGGAUUCUUAAAUGGCUGAGGAGGUUUUAAUCCCACCGCCUGGGAAAAUCACAUCGCAUCUCACUGGCUCUUUGUUGGCAGUGGCAUUCCUCACCUCCUUUGGGAGCUCUAUGCUGUAUGGGUACAAUCUGGCGGUGGUAAACUCCCCUGCUGUGUACAUUAAGGACUUCUUCAACAAGACAGCUGUAAGACGCGAUGGAGCAGGACUCAGUGAAGAGGCCCUGACCCUCAUAUACUCUCUCACCGUGUCUGUCUUCGCUAUAGGAGGUCUGUUGGGUUCCCUCAUUGUGGGAAUGCUGGUCACACGCUUCGGCAGGAAAGGCACAGUGGUGAACACCACAGUGCUGGUGUUUAUUGCUGGUUUACUCAUGGGCUUCAGCAGGAUUUGUGGUUCACCUGAGAUGAUCAUCAUUGGCCGUUUCAUCACAGGAAUUCACUCAGGCAUCUCUCUAAGUGUGGUACCAAUGUACCUGGGUGAAAUAGCACCAAAGAACUUAAGAGGCUUCCUUGGUCUUGUGCCAAGUAUCUUUAUUGGUACUGGAGUUUUUGCUGCCCAAAUCCUCGGCCUACACGAGCUUCUAGGAGAGGAGCAUCACUGGCCCCUCUUUCUUUCAAUGAUUGCUGUACCCACAUUCAUCCAGCUGAUGUUGUUGCCAUGGUUCCCAGAGAGUCCCAGGUACCUGCUGAUUGAGAAGCACAACAUCCAUGCCACCAUCACAGCUCUGAAGUGGUACAGAACCAAAUGUAAUAUCCAGGCAGAGAUUGAGGAGAUGCAGGAGGAGCAGCGCUCCCUGUUGUCAGUGGAAACUCUGUCGGUAUGGAAACUGCUGCUGGAUGACACAGUUCGAUGGCAGGUGCUGAGCGUGGUGGUCAUCAACAUCGGCAUGCAGCUGUCUGGCAUUGAUGCUAUCUGGUUCUAUACCAACAGCAUCUUUGAAAACGCGGGUGUCCCUGUGCCAGAGAUCCAGUAUACCACAGCGGGAACAGGAAUUAUAGAGAUCAUUGCUGGACUCAUUGGGUGUUUCACUAUAGAGAAGCUGGGCCGGAGGCCUCUCAUGAUUGGGGGGUUUACCAUGAUGGGCGUCUGCAGCACUGGGAUCACAUUGGCCCUUAUUUUACAGACUCAUUUGUCAUUCAUGCGCUACGUCAGUGUCGGCUGCGUGGUGGGAAUCAUUGCUGGCUUCUGUAUCGGCCCAGCCGGGGUUCCGUUUCUGGUCACAGCAGAGUUGUUUAAACAGUCUCACCGACCAGCGGCCUACAUAAUAGGAGGGUCACUCAACUGGUUGUCCAACUUUACUGUGGGAUUCGUCUUUCCAUUCUUGCAGAUGUCAGCAGGAGCUUACUGUUACUUAGUGUUUGCCAUCAUUUGUGCAUCUGUGGCCAUCUAUGUCUACAUUGUGAUCCCAGAGACCAAAAACAAGACCUUCAUGGAAAUCAGCCGGAUGUUCUCAAAGAAAGAGGCGGUCCUCGAGAGCCAGGGUCUGAUCCAUGUUGACCAGCUGAAGCUGAAGAAGAUGAAUGGAUACGGUGGUCUAGAACAUACUUCAGUGGAGUUUGACAGCUCUUCAUCUGUACCUUAACUGAGACUUCAAAGCCAAUUCAUUGCUUUAAUGUGCACACUUAACCAAACAACACCUCGCCCGCACUCACUGAGCUCCAACUGUGUGAAGUCUGACUUCCCAUUUGUAUCACACUCAGGUUCAAAACAUUGCUUAGUAGACAGUGCAGUUAUGAACUGGUGGUAUUUGCAACUUCAACUGAAUAUUUAUGCCUAAGAUCCAUCAAUCCAUCCAAUUUCUUCUAUUUAUCCAAUUAAGGGUGAGAGGGAUCUGAUCCUAUCCCAGCUUUGUUCAUAGGUGCUAUUUUAAAUGUAUUAAUUAGUGUAAUUGCUGAAAUCUGGGAGCAUGGUGACAUCACAGGGCUAGAAAUGAAGUCAAACAGGCAGACAGGUUGGAAACAAAAAUCCUGAACUUAUUUUAGGAGAAAAUUCAUCACUGUGAUGGACCAGACUUGACUGUGGUGCAGCUAGCUUCUGGAUAUUUUGAGCUGGGUUGUUGGGACUUUAACUCCCAACAACCCUACUUGGAUAACUGGGGAAGAAAAUGUAGGAGAAUCUUGCACAAUGUUUCACUCAUGUAUUAUUCUUCUAUUCCAAAACACUAUAAUGUUAUGGGAGCACAUUUUACAACUGUUUCCCUAAGGGAAGGGAUUAUUAGUUAAUAAGUACUCUUGCUUUGACCUUAACCUCCAAAUAAGGUGAAUAAAUAUAUGUUUUUGUGUCAGUCAUCAUAUUAACCAAAGCGGUUACCUUGGUGAGUACAAUGUUAUGAGAAAUGUUGCUGCAAGAGGACACAACUGCAAAAAGUUGUAACCACAAUUAUACUUAAAAAAAUAAUUGUUUUCUAAUCAUGCUGGAAGUAUUUUAAUGGAAAACUAAGGCCUAUAGCCUAUCUAGUCAUGGAAGGACUUCAUCCCAUAGGUCAUUUGCAAAGGCUAUACAUACAGUUACAUUUUAAAAUAAAGCCAAGCUACUAAUUUUUCUUCUUCUAGGCACCAAGACCACCAACCAGGUCGUUUUGGUGCCUAGAAGGUGUGAAAAGUGAAAAAAUAAUUGUCCCAGAAGGGACUUCAACACUCGGUGUUGGUCCUUUCACAUCCUUCUAUGUGUUGUUUCACAAUUCUUAGAGACAAGCAAAUAAUAUAGUCAUUUAGGCUCCAACUCAGCCACUUCCAGCUGACAAGUUAAUAAUCUGUUUAAUAAGCAUUAGCAUGUGAAAUGCACAGCCAUUACCUAAUUAGAUAAGAUCAGAUGAGAGCUUUGUGGAGACCAUCAAUCUACCUUCAAGGAGAGUCAGAACAGUGUUAACAAAAGUGGAUGAGAUUGACACAGUUAUAGAGGAAGUUCAUUUAUAAGAAUAGAAACAAAUGCUAAUUUCUUUGAUCAUGAAAAAUGAGCUGCUUUAGCAACAGUUACCAUUACUUCCUGUUUAUGUAGAUGUAGUAAAAGAUGCUUAUAUAUUUGAGUGUAGUUCUUGGGGCUAUAUACUUAAAUGUGCAGCACUUUGGUCAAUGUUGUUGUUUUAAAUGUGCUGUAUAAAUAAACAUGACUUGAAUAACAACAGACAGUUUGGGUAGCACAUUCUGACUUUUGCUUUUUUGGCUUUAGUUAGUGAAAUGAAAUCCAGCUGUCUUCCAUUCAGGUCACUGUGAGUUUGAGAGCUUGUAGACACAACAGCUUGUGAGAAAGUUGGUGUGUGCAGUGUGUGAUAGGAAUUAGCCCUUUUCUAAUCUUUUGUACCAACAUAAUUGCAAGUUAGCAUCAAGAUCUAUGAUUUGAAAUUCCAAUAAAACUGCAUGUUUUUAUGUCACUCUUUGUUGUAAAGUUAUGUUGCUUGAUGUUAAAUGAGGUCACUAAAAUUCCUAAACUUGGCCCUGGUGUUUUUACACUGUGCUGCCUGAGCUGUCAUAAAGACUGCUAGAAUAUCUUUUGUACAGAAAAUGAAUGCAGUUUGUUUAAAUCCAUGAAUUUGUGUACAUAAGUGUAACUGAAAGUUGCAAAUCAUCAAAAGAUAACUACAUAAAUGAAGUGAUAUAAUAACACUGUGCUUUCUGUCUUUUGAUGCCCAAACACAGCUGACUCUCAGCAGCAGGAAUAAGAAAGGAAUAAGAAAAU